GGAGCUCUAAGGUUUAGAGGAAGGGAAAUGCUUUGAAAUACUCUACGGACUGUGGUCGCCUGACCUGAUUAUUAACGUGUCUUUAUGUUCUUCAUUUUCACCAUGAUAAACAUCUUUGCCUACUCUUGUCUUCUUUCUGCUCUGAGUUUUGUGGAGAUGAAGAUUCUCAACAUAAGAGGCUGUGUUGGGGAAAGAGUGACGUUCAAAUGCUCAGACUGGAACACUGUGUUUGAUGUAAGAUUUAAUGAUAAGUACUUUUGUAGAAGUCCAUGCACCGAACGCAAACACAUCAUCAUCAAAGCAGCAUCUGGAAAGACUACACAAGGAAACAGAAUGCAAAUAUUAAACAGAGGAAAUGAUUUAUCUGUGACCUUCACUAAUCUGAAAAAGUCUGACACUAACAUAUAUUACUGUGGAGUGAAGAGGAUUGGUCCUGAUCCAUGGAUAAAGGUGGUUCUUAAAGUUACAGAUGCUGCGUCUUACGGUCCCAAGAGAACUCCAGAAACAGUGGACACAUUUACAACUCUGCCACCAGCAGUGUCAAACAGCUCCACUCUGUCUUCAAACAGCUCAGAUAAUAUCACCGAUGUGUCUGCAUCGAACACGACCACUACGACAACUACUCCACCAGCAACACAAGAAGCCGGGAGCAUACCAUAUUUGAUCAUAGGUGUCAUUCUCUUAAUAACCUUACUGAUGGUGUUACUGAAGUUUAUGAGCAAGAAGAUGAUGAAACAACGGAAAGUUGUUUCAACAGCUGUAAUGCCACAGGAAGACGCACGAGAGGAAGCUGAAUAUGAUGAAAUCAGACAUGAAGAAGCGACUGACCCGGACAGCCUCUAUGCUAAUAAUUCCUUCCUCCAGGAUAUCGGAUCAGCAGCUGCUCGAUGUGAGACGGAUUCAAGGGGGGCGUGUGCAGAGAGCAGAGCCAACGUGCUGUAUUCUGUUGCUCAACUACCCAAAGACCAAAUGAAACCCACUGGGCAAUCACAGACAAAUCAAUCUGAAAGUGCCGGAAAUGACUCUUUCUACGACCUGGCUCAACUACCCCAGGCACCCUGAAGGAGGCCACUGUGGGAAAUGCAUACAAAGGAACUUUUAUGAUUAAACAUUUGAUUAGUUUUGAAUAAAACAGUAGACAUAUAAUGUAAUAUAGGACAUAUAUAAGGCAGGAUAGAAGAGUAAAUGAACAAGUUAGUAUCCGUACACAUGGUCCAGCCUUACUUAAAAAACAAGUGAGACAUCUAGAAAGAGUUGCGGUGUAUCUACCUCUGCUCCCAUCAUGGAUACGGUUCAACCGCAGAGCUCCUAUGAGAGGAAGACUUUUUCCCCAGAGGCAAAUCAAUAUAAAGUCCACAAAUAUUCCACUGUAACAACUCAAACUGCACUUUUUAAUAUACAUCUAUUACUAUACAAAUGUGAGACACUGUCAGUCCACUUGUUUCUCAUUAUAAUAUUAAUAUUCAUAUAUGUAUUCUUACAUACGUGUAAAGUUAUAUGUGUCUUAUUCUUAACUUUGACUUCUACAUAAGUUGCUUUCUUGCAAACUAGUGGAGUUUCUGAAGCAGAACUGAAGCUUUGUGAUAUGUGACCUACUUGUGUUUUCUUUGUUACCUUGCAGGAUAUUGCAUAAUUGCGCAAACAACCUUUGUGUUCAAGUGAAACUAAAAGUAAUUGUUGGGAGAAAACUGAAUGUUCUCUUCUGAUAUCAGAGUAGCACAUGAUAACAGAGGCCCUAUGUAGCUGUGUGUAGCCGGAUGUCUGACUACAUGGAUGCCGCUUAUGAGACACUGUGUUGAAGUUAUGAUAGCUAUGUUCCUAAGAUUGGCAUGAUGACACAGCCCCUAGAGAGACAUAUGACUGUCCUGUUUAUUGCUUACGCAGGCCUUAGCUAAUCUGAACUAAUGUCAGAAUACUGCUUUGAAUGAGUAUUCUUCCAUCUUGUUGACUGUCACACCCUCUCUUAUAAUUGAUAAGCAUAUCAAGGACUCUACUCGAGAACUACUUGUCCCACGCAGCCCUGUGUGUGAUGACUACUUCCAUUCUUGCAAGGAUAAUAAAUACAUGUAUCCUGA